AGCUUCUCCAAAGGGUGUUUGAGCAAAGUCUUUUAUUAGUGUCUCAGCAGAAGACACUGCCAGGGACAAAUCAUAUUGAAGAUGUUAUCACCAGCAUUUUCAGCUCCAUCCAGGGAUGCCAAAAAGCCAAGGGAGAACCCAUUCAAGCCGCCAAAAGACAAUGAUAUAUUUGAGCUCCGGAGCAGGGAGAAAGAGCGUAGAAAAAUGGAGCUACAGAGGCAGCUGGGCCUGAAAGUUCAUGAGAAGGUCACUUAUGCUGGUCGGGUGAAGGUCAAGCAGGCAAACCUGAGGAGGAUCCUGUGGGAUGGCCAGGAGGAAGUGGAGGAGAAGACUAGAGCUGAGCUUCAGGGAAAAGAGAGCAGAGCCCAUCCCCAGGUCCUCACAGCCGUGAGGAUGGCCAUGAUUAAAGACCGUAACAUCGACAAAGAGAGCAUCAGCGAGUUUAUUAUCAAGAAGCGAGAGAUGUUUCUUCUGGAGUACUCUCUGGCAGUGAAGUACGGGGAGAUUGCACAACUGGAGAGGGUGGCGGCUGAGGAAGAGAGGAAGCUGAUGCAAGCUGAGACGCUCCUUGAGAACGACGCUGUCAUGUUUGACGAGUUCCUUAAAGAGAAUGACAAGAACUCUGUGGAAGCCAUCAAAAUAGCUGAGCAAGAGUCUAAGGCCAAACUGGAGAGGAUUGCUGAGAUCAAGAGAAUUACUACUAAAAUGGUGGCCAUUAAGAGUGACAUUUCCAAAUUUGAAGACAUUCUGAAGGAGUACACUCUUUAUAAGGACUUCCUCUUUAAGCUCUCACCUCCAGAAUGGCAAGAGACCCAGAGGACCAAGACCAAGUCUACCAAGAUCCAGUCCACCACCAAGAGCAAGGACAAAGAAAAGGAGAAAGAGAAGAAGACUGGCCGUAACAUUGUGAGCAAGGGGUCAUUCACCAGCAGAGACCUUUCCCAGCUGAAAGACCCUAAGGCUUCCUCCAGACAGAACAGGAAGUCUACAAGUCCCAGUGACAAAGCCACCGUGUCAGAACAAGACUCAGAAGGCUCUGCGUACGAGGCAGAGCCUGAGCUUUACUACACAGACCCCCAGCAACUCCUGGACCUGCUGACUGAGCUGGAGGAGCAGAACCUGUCUCUGAUCCAGAAUUCCCGCGAGACCGAGGAGGCCCUGGAGGAUAUUCGCUACACCAUGGACUUGACCCAGAAGAAAAUGCUGCAUGAGACAGAGCAGCUGACUCAGCAGAUAGAUAUCAUGAACCACACCAUCCAGAGGGAGAGAGAAAGGGCCACCGAAUUGGAGUUGAGGUCCCGUCUUUUCAACUAUGGCAACUACAAGUCUGACGACCAGGAGGGAUUGCUGGACACCCUGGGCAGAAAGGUGGAAGAGGUGUACCGUAGCUGCGUGGGCGACAGCGAGGGCAACCUGAGCACGCUGCAGAUGCUCACGGCCAUUGAGGGCCGCCUGGGUGAACUGCUGGAGAAUGCUGAGAUGAUCCCCAGAGACCGGCUGCUGCUGGCCGAGCGGGCCAAGGAUAAGGAGAGGAGGCUCAGGUUGCGUGAUGAGAAGAUUUGUGAGCAGAAGCAACACCAGGAAGAGAGGUUGAAGAGGGCUCUGGAGAGAGCCCAGGCCGACAUAAAAAAGGCGACCGGAAAGAAACUGAUGACUAGAUCACAGCCUCCUGUCCACAAGCAAAAAAAAAGACAAGAGAACCCGUUGACUGACAAGAAGAUGGAGGAGCACCUAUACUUCUUCACUUAAGGGCCCAUACCCUAUCACAACAUAACCCUUUACAGAUAUUGACCAGACUUAUUUAACCCAUUGUUAUUAAUUUCUGAUGUAUUUGGGUUAUAAGGAUUACAAAUAAACUGAAAUCCAUGGCCACGGUGACAUUGUAUGAUGUUUGGGAAAUGUUUUGAAGUUGUAAUUAUAUCACUUGGCAGUUUUAUUAUUACUGGACCUUCAUAGCACAUGCGCUUGUCAUACAUUUGCUUAACCAGACAUUCCUGAAAUCUCAAGAGAAAACAAUAAUUUACCAAGAACUUUCUUGUGUGAUGCCAUAUUUUAUUAACCAGUAUUAGUCAGAAAAUGUACGUUGGUAGAAAAAUAAAUAAUACAUUUCAUAAAUUAUACAAUGAUAAAUGAUAAGAUACAAACCAAAAUACGUUUUCAUUAUAUGGUAGUUUGUGAUAUCAAAUGUUUAGGCUGAUGCUACAUGAAACGUUUUAAUCUAAAUCACCCCAAUAGAAUGAUCAUAAAGCGUAAAAAACUAAACAAUGAUUGACCAAAACAUUUGUACCUAAAUCCACCUGACUUCCUCUAUCUUCACAUGAGAUCCUCCAUUUUCCCGAUACAUUUUUAAACACGGUUUUUGUAUUUGGUUAAUAGUCUAUAUUUAAAACAAUGCAAACAAAAAACCAAAUCAACUUACAUUUUACGUUUUUAAUCAAUGAAGUAAACAUUUUUCCAUCCGUCUAUGUAUGAAGAAAACAUUUUAGAUAAUUAAAAAGCUUUGGACAACUAUUUAUUUCAAUCCUUUAUUUUAAACUUUUCUGUCACUGCUAUUUUGUAAACAAAGAGAAUAAAUAGGGAAUGUCUCAGGUAAUACAGUCCUGACUCACAUGUAACUACUACAAAUCCAAACAAGGCAGCGGUGCAUGUUAUCAACAUAAAAUGCUACGUCUAGCUCAUCGUAACACAUAAAAUACUUUGGACACAAAAAAAGUCAAAAAAAUUCCUAGUCGACACAAAGCAGUUUGUCAACAGUUGUGGCAAGGGGUAUGGCAUAGCGUGUCCAUAAGGCAUUGUAGAUGCUCAGACAGGGUGUCAAGCACAGUGGCUUUGUGGCACCAGUUUAAAAGAAA